CAGAGCUUUUUUCUCUCGAAAUGCAGUGACAAUUGUAAUGGUUCCAGCUUUAAUUGUAAUACAUUGGGGGUGGUAUAAACUUCAAGACUUUGAAGUUUUCGUGAAGAAAGAAGAAAAGAAAGAAUUACCUAUUGUUAUAAGCUCAAGAGUUGUAUCACACCUCGCAGGACCAGCAACUGAAGAAAAUGGCAUCCACCAAUGUUUCUGUAGUUCUGCAGCCAUUAGACAGCUCUGACUUCAUCUCUACGCUUCGUUCAUUUCACAGAAUAUUGCUGUCAUGUGUUGGACCAGAAGGUGGAAUCAAAAUCCUUGUAUCAGGAGCUGGCUAUACAACCUUCACUUCUUCAUCAUCUAGAUUACUAAAUAAUAUUACACUGGCAAACCCAAUAUGUCUGUUUGUAAAUCAGAUAAUGAAAUCACAAAUAAAUGCUCAUCAUGAUCAUGGCCUGUAUACAGGCAUUUUAAUUACAUCUCUAUUAGAAAAAGUUUUAUCACAUCAUACUGGACUUCGUGUUCCCAAAGCAGCUAGUAUAAUAGAACACUUGAAUUCCAUAUUGACAGGCUUAUUUGAUUUGAGCUGUAUAAAACUGAAAGUAGACUUUAGCACAGUUAAGCAACUUUUACCAUUGGUAAAAUCUAUUCUGUCAUCAAAACCAGCAUGUGGAUUAAGACGAGUUGAUGUCCAAGAUUUACAGUUGAACAUUGUGAAAGGAUUUCUUCAAACCACUGGCCAAACAAUGGGAGAUGUUAUUGUGGAAUGUACCGAAGCCUCUGAAAUAAAAAGUCAUGUAUUCCCAGGAAUUCUUUACCAGAUAAAUUAUGAUGACAUAUCAACAAUCUUGCAUCAGAAAUGUAAUAAAAAUGGCUCUAUGUCUUUGAUCUUGUUUAAUAUCAUGCUGACAGGUGAAGGAAAUUCAAAAAUUUCAGAGAAUAGGAGCAUUAAAUUGGAAGGACCUCAAGAUGACAUUUGUUUUGUAGAUGAGGCACUAAAACUAUUUGAACAAAUUGUAGAGUUGGAUGUUGAUAUUAUUGCUUGUCAGAAAUUGGUGCAUCCGACCCUGUAUCUUUACCUGCGGAGAAAAGGAAUAUUGUUAUUGGAUCGCAUGGGUACGGAGUUGACACAUGCACUGGAGAAAUUAUCAGGAGCAACACCUAUUUCUAGCAUUGGGCACUGUCCACGAGAUCCAGAUUGCCUGCGUUCAUUACUUGGUACUAUAGAGGUACUAAGACUGGUGGUUCAGGGACAGAAGUUCUAUGUCUCAUUGGAGAAAGCUGGUAGUAACAUAUCAACUCUGAUUGCUCAUGCACCUAACGAGGAGGCUGCCAUGGAACUGAAGGUUGUAAUAAAGCAAUCCCUGAGUGCUCUUCGCUGUUUAAUGGUGUGUCCUGCUGUAGUGCCUGGAGCAGGGUGUUUGGAAACUUCCCUUGCCAUCAGACUGCAGAAUCAGGCAGUACGUGAGUUUGACAGGUACAGCUGCACUAGAAGUCAACUAGAAUCAUAUGUGUCAUGGCUGCAGAUAGCUCUUCUUUCAGCAGCAGGUUUCAAAACAGAUUCCUGUCUGUUAACAGUAGACACAGUGUUUGGUCAUGCAUGGAAGCCCAACACAGAGACUUGUUGUUGUGGUUUGGUUUCAAUGCAGAUGGUGCGCGAUGGAAGUGGGAAGUGGAUAGAAGUGUUCAACAAUCAUGGAAUCUUGUUGUUGCAAGAUUUUACUGUGUUAUCAUCCUUAUCUUCAGUUCCUCUUACUGUGAAAGAAGAAGCUGUUGUAGACUUAUAUCAUAGUAAAUACAGUGCUGUGAAAUUGUCUCUAGAGAGCUGUGUAAACUUGUUGGGUAUAGGAAUGAUUGUGUACAAAGCACUUAAUGAUUAAUAACACUGUAUAUUUACAUGUUU